AUGCUGGGACUAAUAGUCGCAAAGACUGUUGCUAAUGUUAUUAUUGCUGCUCAAUUUGAAGAUAUUAUAACAUCAUUUGCAAUGUUAGAACGCGGAUUAGUAAAGAUGAGAUUGAUUACUCCAAUUUUAACAUUCAUUAGCUUAUCACUCAACGCAAAGUUUCUCACGUUACCAUUAAAAUUUGGAUGGAAUCCAAUUAGUCAACAUAGAGAUAUUUUUGUUAAACGUUGUAAACCGAUUGUUGAAGAGCGUAUCCAUCAAAGGAAAAAGCUUGGUGAAAAAUAUAUUCAAAAAGAAGAUCUACUUGAUUUCUUUUUAAACGAUCCAUAUUAUAGAACAGAUGUCGUGGAUGAUAAAUAUAUGGAUGGUUUAUUUGCACAACUAUAUGCAAUAGUUUUUGGUUCGACGAGUUCAACAUCCAAAGCUCUUGCAUUUGCCCUUUUUGAUUAUGGUGGAAGACCUGAAUUAUGGAAUGAAAUCUACGAAGAACAAUUAAAGAUAUAUCAUGAAUCUAAUGGUAAUUUAAGUGUCGAAGAUGUUCAUAAAAUGGUCAAAUUGGACUGUUUUCUAAGAGAAUCUUUUAGACAUUCUUCAAAUAUAGCUGGAUUAAUGCACCUUUUUACUGAUCGUUUGGUUUUUGUUUAUACGAGAGAUACGGCCUUCAAUGAUAAAUUUUAUGGAGAAACUGCAAAUGACUUUCAACCGAAACGGCAUAUAUCUUCACGUUCUAAUGGCAAAAUUAUUCACACGCCAGCUGCAAAAGUUAAUAGAUCUUUAUUAACUUUCGGUGUUGGUAAACAUACAUGCCCUGGUAGAUUGUUUGCUGUUAAUGGAAUCAAGUUAUGUUUACACAAAUUAAUUUUAAAAUAUAAUAUUAGGACUGAAAGUGGUAAAGUUGAUCCCCCUAGGAGAUUUUCUGCUCUUACUUUACCACCUAUUUCUGGAUUAGUUUUUGAAAAUCGUAAUUAA